AUGGGAGACUCGCCUCCAUUAACGGAUAUUCGCUCCCAGUUCCUGACAUCUUUGUCUUAUUCUUCUACACAAAAUCAGAAUGAAAUGUCAUCUAAUAAAUCAAGAUCUAAUUCCCAGUUACCAAAGAGUCAAAUUAAAUCUAGUAUGUCUCAAUUAUUAUUGUCAGAAAAUCCUUUAACUCUGGAUGAACAAGCUAUACUAUCGAAAAGUCUUAAUAAAUCUAAAAGAAAAUCAGUAGCAAAAAAUACCACAACAAACAACAAUAACAACGAUAACAGCAACAGCGCACCUAAAGAGCUAGGGAAGAAAUCAAAAAGACGGAAACACAAGAAUUCUAAGUUGGGAUGUGCAAAUUGUAAAGAAAGACGUGUCAAAUGUUUAGAAAAUUUACCUAGUUGUACCAAUUGUAUUAAACAUAGAGUAAAAUGUGCCUAUUUGGAUUACACAGAAGACCAAUUGAAUGAGUUUAAGAAGGCAAAGAUUUUACAAGAACAACAAGAACAGCAGCAAGAACAGCAACAGGAACAAGAACAACAGAGUGAUCAAGAAACAAACAAUCAACAACUUUUAAAAACAAAUAAAAAGGUUUUAAAACCAAAAAAAUCACGUACAGUCCCUUCAUUUAGCUUUGGACGAGCAAGCUCAAAUCCUUCUGUCCCAUCAGUUCUGGCUACUGGUACUUCCACAUCAUUUACAAAUCAGGAGUUGCUUCAACAACAACGCCAACACCAUUCUGUUCCCAAUAUUGGUACGAACUUCAAUACAAUGGCGUUGUCAUCUUCAUCGUCUUCUUCACAAGCAUCUUCUGUCGUUGCUGAUGACGAAGUCGUUGAGCCACUGCCUGUACCAAGAAGCAAUAACGAAUCCAGAGUUAAUUUAUUACCUGAAGGAAAUGAUUUCCAAAUUUUGUUCCCAGCAUACCCUGAUACUGCUGAUUUCCCACCAACUACUACACCUAGUCGUUUUUCAACUCCACUAGCACGAUCUGCUGUUUCUACUGCAUUUGAUUCCAAAAACCAUCAGUCACAGUCCACUAGUAGUAAUUCACUACCAAAUGCUUUAAACGUACCUGUCAACUUCAAGUAUACACCCCACCCAGUAGUCGACUAUGAUGCCAGGUUGAAAGAACUUCUCAAAGUAAUUGGUCCAAUGAUACUAAAGGGUACCCUGGGAUUAUCCCAAAUUCGGGACAUCUAUUCCACUUGGCUCAAUUCGUUUAUUUACAAAGCAUUCACGUCUGAUUUGAUGUUCUAUUGUUUGCUUAAUUUAACGACAAAUUUUUUGAUUACCAAUUGUUUCUGUGAUUCGAAUAAGUAUUUACAAAAUAGUGGAUCACUUACACCGAAUUCAAGAAGUUUACAAUUAGCACGUAUCCGGACUGACUGUACUAAUCGGUCACUCCAAUAUUACGCCUAUACAAUAAAAGGUUUGGGUAAAGUUUUAAAUGAUGAAAGCACUGAUCCUGAUUUGACUGGUUCAGUGAGUUAUAUAUUAAGUUUAAUGUCAGUGUAUGAUACACAAGCUACGUUGAAUUCUAUUAUCUGUUUCAGAAAUGGGUUAUUUAGUAUUUUCAAACACAAUGAUAUUGCUUAUGAAAAAAUUGACCCUAAUUCUAAAGUAUUGAUCCCCACACACAAAAAAUUGAUGGUUAAUAUUGUUAUGUCGAUUUAUUUGCCUGGGUAUGAUUCCCAUUUCUUGAAGGAAUAUCAACAGUUAUUGACAAGAUUCGGUGAAUUGAUUUUCCCAUUAUUACACCACUACAACUCCACUAAUUCAGGAGCUGUGGCACCAGAGAUGGUUAGCUUUGUGGAGUCAAACUAUAAUCAUUUGCUUAGCUUUACGAAUGAUUGUUUAAACCAUUAUAUUUCGGAAAUCAACAACACUUUGUCCGACAUUAAUUCCCAAGAAGAAUUGUUGUUUCAAAUGAUUUAUAGAUGGGUGCGAUUUUUCCCUGCCCGACUUAUUGGUUCAAGAAAGAAAAGCGACCCGUUAGAGAAGAUGUUGUAUUUGUUCUACAAAGUUUUCAAGAAAGCAUUGUUUGCUAUCUUUCCUCAAGUGAAGUUUUUCUUUUUGAGAGAUUUCGAUAGUCCGUUAAUGUUGGAUGUUUUUGCUUCCGACAAUGAUUAUGACAUUUUCGUUGAAGAAUUAGAACAUCCAAUUAACAACUGCUUACCACCUGAGUUAUAUGAACCAAUUUUGAACGAAUUAAAGUCGAUGAGCAGUUACUUGAUUCGGGUUAUUACAUAUUUGCAACUUCGUCUUAACAAGUUGUACAAGUACUUAGUGGUUGAUUCGGGUAUUGAUAGAAUGAAACAAAUCCAUGCAGAUAUUCUCCAAUGGGGGAAUUCGAUUUCUGAUAUCACAAAGACAAGAAAUGAAUUCAAACAGUUGCUUGGAUUAGAAGAAGUCUGUGUAACGUCAUUUAUUGAUAAAGUGAUAAAACAAGAGAAUUAUCCAAGUCGGACAGGCGAACCAAAGACUGCCAAGGUGGAACACCCACUUGGAACUGGAACAAAUAUUAUCGAUUUUAUGACUUUGCAACCAUCUGGUUUACUAAUCAAUGAUUUUGAUCCCAGGCAAUAA